AUGUCAUCUGAAACUCUUUACUUGGAAAAAGUUCCUCUCUUUACACUUACUCCUUCUAAGUUUAAUCAAGAGAAGCUUGAGGCUAUCUUUCCUAAAUGGCCAAUGGAAAAGUUAGAUUAUCUCAAUCAAGCACAAGUUUACCGUGACUUGCUUUGCGAGCAUCUUAAAAUGAGGCAACCAUGCAUGACAAGGAUUGCUGAUAUUGACAAGUAUCUCCCAAUGUUUGUUUCCAUCGAAAAAGAAAAAUUAGGUAAUCCACGCAUUGAAGCAUCACCAAAACAUAAAUUCCAUUGGGUUCAGACACCAAUCGUUGUAGAAAAGUAUGUUGAGCGUACAUUCUCCGCAAACUACUGCAUGAACGAAACACUUCACCUUAUCUGGCUCAAAGGUAUUCUCUACAUGGAUCAAGCAUUCGACGACUACGAGGCCAACCGCCACGAGCAAGCUGUUAUCAAUCUCAGAACAGCUGCUGGCAUUUUCGAAUAUCUUGCCUCAGACAAAUGCCGCUGCAUUGAUAAGCAGUCCGCUCCAAUUGAGUUCCAACCAGCUGUCUUCAAUGCCCUCAUGAACCUCAUGCUUGGACAGGCUUACCUCAUCAUCGCAUCCAAGGCCGAAUUCAACGGUGCCGGCAAGAAGGCGAUCGGCAAGAUCUGCUACGCUGCUCAUACAUCAUUCCAGACAGCCAACGACGCUAUCAAAGGAGCAACUCCGAUUGAAUCAAUCGAACCACAGUUCAUUCACUGGCUUGAGCAGAUUUUAGAGAUCAGCCAGGCAUUUACAUGCGUCAUGUUCGCUUACGACUCCAAGAAGAACGACGAAGACGGCAUGGCUGUUGGUCUUCUUAAUCUUGCAAUUAAUCACCUCAAGAAGGUCGAAAAGAUCGAGCCAAAGAACUUACGUCCAAACAACUGCAUCAAGGGCCUCAUUGCUACACUCGAACCACUCAAGACAAAGUGGGGAGAGGAGAACUUCCUCAUGAACAACAAAGUUGUCGCAAACGAAGUCGAUGCUACAAGAUACCUCGCUACACAGAACAUCGCCGUUCUCUCUGUACCUCAGGCAGUUCCUUACUCUCAGCCAGAACCACAAUCAAUUGGUUCAAGCGCUCCUCCUGCUGAUGCAUCUGCUGCUCCUACAACUCCAGAGACAGAAGAAGGCGAUAAGCCAGUAAUCAAGAAGAUACAUUAA